UUGUACUCGAACAAAAAUAAAGUGGUUAAAAUGUAUUCCCAUUUUCAUAUAUUUCUAUCAAUAGCAGGUGCAAUGGUGAUAUUUUUUCUACUCUGUUCCUGCCUUUGUCAUUACUUAAACAGAAUGGAGCAAAAAUUACAUGGGCCAAGUUUAAAUUCUCCAAUCAGAGUAACAUCAGCUUCCUACACUGCACCUAAUGAUUAUCCUACUAUGCAAAUAUCAUCAAAUGUUUCCACUGUACACCAACAACCAUCACAUGUGGCAAUUCCAAUGCAAAUACAUUCGAAUAGAAUGCAACAACAACCAAUUAUGAAUCCAUUUCAAUCAACAUUCGGUCAAAAUUAUGCCAUGAAUCCACCUUCGUAUGAUGCAGCAAUGGCUGCGUCAUCUCAAAUGCGAUACUAACAUAAAGUUUAAAAGAACCUCACUCAUGACUUUGUGAUAUUUAGUUUUAUGAAAUAUAAUUAUAUAUAAGUUUUAUAUAUGGAACGUUCUUUCACAAAUGGGACGACUUUUAAACUCAUCACCACC